AUGGAUACCACUAUUGAUCACAGCACUGCCGCUGCCGCCGACAUUACCCAAUUCAAAUCCUCUCAACAACCACGCCCAUGGUUUCAAGCAUGGUGCAAAAAGCUGAAUCUUAUAUCAAAUCGCACACGUAUUGCACCUAUCAACAAUCCUCACACAUCCGGUGAUCAUGUGCAAGAAUCGAAUGAUUCACCAGUGUUAUCCUUGGCAUCACCUACUACACGCUAUAACAAUACAGCGACGACACCAACAACAAGCAAACAAUCUCCCGGUAUUCAACGUCCUACGACAACAUCCUCACCACUACCAUCCAAAACAGUGUUGCAUUAUGCACGCUCACCGCCUAGUAGCGCACGUAUACUACGGCGACUUGCACGCACCACCUUUAAUAAAUCUCCAAGGAUGUCUCAUGGAUGGUCAAUGAUAGCAUCAUCAUCAUCGGAAAAAUCGUCAGGACAACACGUGCUCAACAAGAUGCAUCGUAAAUACGUACAACUCUUUCUUAAAGCCCCGCAUUUUGUGGCAGGUGGUAAGGUAACAGGUACAGUGGUGAUGGAAUUUCCCCAAGGUCUAUCACAAGCAGACUUGUUGGAUGGAUUUGAAAGUCUUGAUUUGCAGCUACGUGGCGUCGAAAGUGUCACUGAACCCAUUCAUUUUAAAACAUCCACGCAUACGCACGAGUUUUUAUCUCGACGUGUACUUCAAUUGGGUCAAGAGCAGUUGCGAACAUGCUUCAAGUCAUAUGGCAAAUUUGUAAUUCCAUUUUCGGUUCAACUACCUCAAGAGCUUGGUAGCAGUUAUAAGGACAAAAAGGGGUCUGUGCGUUACCAACUGCAAGCUGAAUUGGCUCUAAGUUGGCCUGAUGCCACUCAUGGUGUGGAGAGGGUACGACGCAAAAUUGUAUGCAAGGAACGUGCUAUUGUCAUUUACCCCAAUGCUCAAAGCCGUGUAUUAUCCGAACCCAACUUGUAUAUGCCGGUAAACGCUGAACGAAAAAUGUGGCCAUCAUCACCAUCCAAAGCUGUUUCUUUGCAACUAUCACUUGGGCGAUCGAUAUGGAUCACUGAGACGCCUAUUUAUGUGCAUGUCAAGGUGGAUAAUGCAUCCACGCGUUCCGUGUCGGAUAUCAAGCUUGAGUUGUUGCGACGACAAAACACGUUUUCGCAAACAGGCUUGCAAGGCAGUUUUGGGCUCAAGCCAGUGACAUCAACUUGUGAAACGGUGGCUCAGGUACAAGCAUCUCAAAUGGGGUGGCUACUUCCUAUGGACCCGGGCAUGGAGGAUCAAGCAACCAUGAUGCUGCAAUCACCUAGGGACCAUUACUCGAUUCGUAGUCAAAAGUUGAUUGAUGUAUCCUAUUCGAUUCGUGCUUCGUUGGUAUCCGAUACCAGCAAUAGUGCGGAUGCAGUUGUGGAAUUGCCAAUCGUUUUGGUGCAUCCCAUAUCACUCGAUCCACCUCCUGGUGAAUACACGCUACCGGAACCAAAUCCAAACGGCAGACAGCUCUUGUUAAACAUGUUCCAAGCACCAAUGCAUGAACAGCAGCAAGGUACCUCAUCCCAAUUGACACCCUCCUCCACUUGUUCCUCUACCAAAUCCAAGUUGAGUCAAGUAUCGAUAUCUCGCUCUUUACACAAAAUGCGUGGAUGGGUAUUACGCCACUCACCCAAACGCCGAUAUUGUGAAUCACCACCCCUGAAUCUAUUAUCUACUUCACCUACCACUCAACCACCACCAUCAUCAUCAUCACAAGGUUUACCCUGUCGUUGGCAAGCCCCAUCUGAAAAGUUUGAGCUGGUUGGGAGUUGUAGUGCAUUUGCAGCACAAGUAGUACGAAGAAAACACCCUAGAGUCGGAAUCAAGAAACGCAUGUUGGCUUCAUCAAGGUACCUCAAAGGAUUACAGAAUAAGACACUUUCUAUUGCAGCGGAUGGUAGACGUUUAUUGCAGCUAGAAGAUAAGGGUAGCAAUAGUAGUCAACCAAAAGAGGGAUCAUCUCGUUAA